AUGGCCACCGAACGCGGCUCCAAGCCCAGCACAGCGCAACCGCGGCGCAAGUCGCAAAACGCAGCGCCCAUAGACGACGAAGACACCCGCGCGAUCGCCGAAUUCACCGAAUCAGCCACAAAACAAUAUGGGCGCGGCGACCGCAUACGGCCGAAAACAGUCAAGGAUAAGAAGCUGCGGAGAAACAUUACAUCGCUUGAGGUGAAGAACAAGCAGGCGGCGAUAGAAGCGAAGAAUGUCGAAGUUCUGCUCGAGAACAACCCAGGACUAUUGGAAACCGAAAAUGAGCUGGAAAGAACAUACAAAGUGCGACAAGAUGAAAUCAAGCGGGAAGUUGGUAUGGAGACGGCGAAGAAAGGCUUCGAGUUGAAGUUAGACGGUCUGGGUCCUUACGAUGUAUGCGAGUACAGUCGCAACGGCCGGGACUUGUUGAUCGCAGGCAGGAAAGGACAUGUCGCGACCUUUGACUGGCGAGACGGAAAGGUCGGCUGCGAACUUCAACUCGCCGAGACGGUGCGAGACGCGCGAUGGCUGCAUACGAGCAACCAGAAGAACUUUGCGGUCGCACAGAAGAACUGUGUCUACAUCUACUCGGGCGACGGCGUGGAGAUGCACAAGCUCAAGAACCACUCUGAAGCCACACACCUCGAAUACCUCCCCUACCACUUCCUCCUCGCCUCGGUAUCGACCGCGGGUAUAAUACGAUACACCGAUGUCUCGACCGGACAGUCACUACCACAACUAUACACCAAGCUCGGUCCCGCGACAGCUUUCGCACAAAAUCCACACAACGCCAUCCUGCACGUUGGCCACCAAAAAGGUCUCGUAACCCUCUGGUCGCCCAACAGCGCCACGCCCCUCGUCAAACUCCUCCCACACCGGGGCCCCGUCCGAAGCAUCGCAGUUGACAGAUCAGGAACAUACAUGGUCAGCACAUCCCAAGACCGACGCAUGUCCGUCUGGGACGUCCGCAUGUUCAAAGAGAUGUACCAGACCCACCUCCGCGUCCCGGGCACCACCCUCUCCAUCUCCGACCGCAACCUCACAGCCGUCGGCUACGGCACACAGACCUCCAUCUACAAAGACGACAUCUUCCGCCGGAACGCCGAAGACGCCGCAGCCCCCAUCAUGCCAUACAUGGGCUGGGGCGGCGAAGGCCUAAACGUCAGCCGCGUGCGCUUCUGCCCCUUCGAAGACGUCCUCGGCAUAUCGCACGACAAGGGCUUCACCUCCAUCAUCGUGCCCGGCGCCGGAGAAGCCAACCCCGACACCCUCGAGCCCGGCACCAACCCCUACGAAACCUCCAAGCAGCGCCGCGAAACAGAAGUGCAUGCCCUGCUUGAGAAGAUCCAGCCCGAGAUGAUUGCGCUCGACCCCAAUUUCGUCGGUAACCUCGAUCUCGCGUCUAAUGAAGAGCGGCAACGCGAAUACCGCGCUACGAGGGGCGAGAAGGAGCCGGAUAAGGUGGAUAUGUUGAAGAAGAGGGGGAAGGGCAGGAAUUCGGCGCUGAGGAGGUAUUUGAGGAAGAGUGGGACGAAGAAUGUGGUUGAUGAGGAGAAGGAGCGCGCGAGGGAGGCACUGAAGAAUAUGCAGAAGAGGCAGAUUGAGAGGAAGGAGAGGUUGAAGAAGGAUUAUGGACCGGCGCUGGAGAGGUUUGCGAGGAAGUGA